CGCGCGUCCCCAUCGGCGGCGGUAGGGCAGAACAGAACACCGGAGAUGGAGCGGGAGCGCGGCGCGUCGGCGGCGCUGUGGGGGCACGCGCACCUCCCACUGCUGGCGCGCGCCGGGUCCAAGGAGUCGGUCGAGUACAUCCUGCAGGCGCUCUGGCGCACGCGCCGCACGGGCCUCGACGCCGCCGACCGCACCGUCGCCCGCGACGCCCUCCAGCUCUCCUCCGACGCCGAGCUCGACCCUGUCAGUACCCCUAUUUCCAGCUUUUCUUCGUUGCUUCCUUCCUUCCUUCCUGCGCCGUCGCUCGCGUCGCGGGCGGGCGGGCGUUGCAGGUCCAGACCGCUCAGUACCCAACUGGUGCUGCAGCUGCUGGUGUGCCUGAGGAUACUGAUCAGACGGUGCGUCAACGAGGACUUCGCCAAGGACGACAUCCCCAAGCUCUUCCCCGAGGAGGUGCCCCCCGAGCUGCAGAAGCUGCUCACCUUGCUGCUGCAGAAGUUCCAGCCGGAGUGGCAGGCGGAUGCCGCCAAGGAUCAGGAAGCCGCGCUGCAUUCCAGCGCGGCAGAGUGCCAAUCGAACCAAAAUGGAGACACGUCAGAGCACCGAGAUGCUGCUAAUGCAGAGCUUCAGAACGGUGCAGCACCUGUUAAGGGUUCUCUAGAAUCAGGACAGAAAGAAGUGAAGAAGUCUCCGUUAGCUAAGGAUUCUUUGGACAAAAUGCUGAAGGACUUGUUCUCAACCAGGGACCAAAUGGCAACUGAUGGCAGGAACACCGGUCACGAACUCACGAUGGGGUAGCUGGCAGCACUUAGGGCCUGUAUGGCUAAUCCAUUGCUCAUCAGUAAUUUGGCAUAUCAAUGCUUCGUUGUUUUCCUUCGAUCUAGAUCACUGACACCCACGUCGCACGGCAGCUGCAUUCCGUUGUUGUUAGCGAGAAUGUUAAUGCUAACUACUUCCUCCGUUCUUUUUUAUUUAUCGUGGUUUAGUUUAUUUUUAUUUGUUGCGGUUUAGUUCAUUCAAAAAUGAACUAGAGAGCUACAAAUAUUUGAACCGAGGUAGUAUAUCAUUGCCUACUGAAAUUGCCAUUCCCACGGCUGAAGGGGAUAU